UCCGAGGGGAGAUCAGGCCGGCACCUGUCCUAUCAAAUGCUGAUAAUGAGCAUUUAAAUAAAACCCUGGGACAUUUGGAAUUUUUAAACAAAAAUCGGUGAGUGACGCCAUCACGCAGUAGUCACGCGCACGCUGAGUGAAAGAUAAACACAAAUAAAAGAAUUUUUGUUGAUCCCGGAGACGAGUGAGUUCAGUUUGUCGUCAAUAUUCAGCGAUUCAAGAGAAUGACGUCGAUAGCUGGGAGUGUUGAACCGGUCGAGAAGGAGGUCAAGGUGAAGGAGAGUGUGACCUUGGUGGUUGGAGACACGAAGAGUCCUGAAAAAUCCACCAAGGACGCGGUGAAGGGGACUCCUGGGGGCCCAGUGCCACCUGCCCCCCCACGUGCCAAGAAAAUUCCUAUUGUCGAUCCUGUCGCUAAGACCCAUAUGCCUGCGAAUGUUCCAGUGCCCCAUAAAAUUCGUUCCAACGAUCUUCCGGAAAACUCGUACAACCUAAAACCCCUGGUUUUGUCCACUCAUCUGGUGCCUUCCCUCCCCAUUGAACUAUUCGAACUAAUCGCGGAAAUCAUUGAACAUUCCACCCAAACUCCCGUUGUCCUGAUACACGAGUCGAGGGUCAAUCGUCCUGUCGCCACUGAGAUCGUGGAUAUAGCAUUUUUGCCUGCUAGUCAGGAAUGGAAGGAUGGAAAACUCCUGCCAGUUGGUCUCGUCUUCGAUCAUCGUCUUAAUACUAAAAAUGAUCCUGGGGUAUAUGCUGAUGUCGUAGUGGCACAGGACAUCGCAGAACACAUCGAAGAUAUUAUUGACCUUCGGGGGUAUAAGGUAGCUCUCCCAGGGAGGUACACGAAGAUCGGAGGAGUGGGAUUGCUCUUCAAUCAUCUCAAAACCAAAGGGGAGAGUCCGUCAUUUUUUGGAAAUACUUUAGACUCUGAGACCCAAGUGGCAGCCCUGCAGAUGGUGGCCGGCAAGCAGACGGAAGUGGGAGUGAUAGAGGCUCCAGUGAUCAACUGUCACAGGUACAACCUUCCAGGAGUCAACAAUCUCCUGAUCCUGGAGAGUCUGGGGCCCCUGCCCCCCUACCAGAUCCUGCUGAACCCGAGGGUCCCCCAGAAGACCACAGAUCAAAUAAAGAGAGGAUUUCUAAAUGCUAAAUCCAAUCCCCAGUGGCUGGAUCGCCUCAAAUCCUUCGGAGCCAGGGGAUUCGCCGAGUACUCACAGGACAAUUACGACGUCGAGGAGAUUAAAACAGCUGUCACAAGUGUCGCCUAUUACUGAAGAGUUACAAAAAACUAGGGCAAAAGUCCGACUAAAAACCCAAACUCAAAAACUCGACAAAUUGACGAGAAUAAAAACAAAAGGAAAUGAUUUCUUCAGUAAAUUUGGCAGAUAAUCAAAAAACUUUACCCAUUUGUUCGUGAAUAUUAUCAAAACUCCUGGGUUUAGAGGAAAAUGUCAUAAAAUAUUUUUUGUAGCCCACGAAAUUCUCCAUAAAAAAUGUUUUUUCACAUUUUUCUUAAACUUGAAAAAUUGAAGGAAUUAUUCUCAAAAAUAACUGAUUAAAUGCAAAGACUUGGAAAUUAGUUGAGAGCUUCACAUCUUUAUUUUCGUAAUAAUUUUGUCACCUAAUAAAGACUAUAAUCUACUUA